AUGGCUGGGUCAGGGAAAGGAAGAGGACGUGCUGCAUUUACUUUCAACAUGGAGGCUAUUGGCUUUGCCAAAGGUGAAACGCUACCUGAAGUAGCAUUCAAGCCCCCUCCACUGUUUCCUCCAACAGAUUUUAAGCCAGUGCCUCUGAAAAUGGGAGAGGAAGAGGAUUAUAUGUUGGCCUUAAAGCAAGAAUUUAGAGCAAGUAUGAAAAAAAUGCCUUAUUUUAUGCGAAAAGAAGAUGAAAAUCAAGGAAUUGAAAAAUAUAGUAAAAAGUACCUGCAGAUGAGAAAAGAAUCCAUGGAAUGGACCCCAGAUUGGAGAAGACUCCCGAGAGAGAUGAAGCCAAGGAAAAAGACCAAAAAAGCAGGUGGAAAAACGAAAAAGGCAAAAGUUGCCACACCCAAAAGUAAUGUGGAUGUGUUGAAAAAAAUUGAGGAGUUGGAAAAGAAAGGUGAUGAAGAAAAAUCUGAUGAGGAAAAGGAGAAAGAAAAAGACAAAGAGGGUGGUGAAGAAGAAGAAGAAGCAGCAGCAAAUGAACAAGAAGAAUAUGAUGAAGAGGAACAUGAAGAGGAAAACGACUACAUUGCUUCAUAUUUUGAAGAUGGCGAUGACUUUGGUGCUGGCAGUGACGACAAUAUGGAUGAAGCAACCUAUUAG